AUGGCUGAGGCUGGCGCGGCCGGGGCGGGAGCCGCCGCCGCCGCGGCGUCCUCCGCCACCACAGCAGCCGCGGUCGGCGGCAGCGGCGUAAACGGCGGUGGCGGCGGCGGCAACGGAGCGCUGCAGCAGGGCUCCCCGGCCGCCGGAGGGCUGGCCGCUUGCGGACCCGUCCGGGCUGUGGUCGCCGCCGCCGCUGCCGCGACAGCCGAGAGCCCCGCGGCGGCGGCAGCUGCUGCUGCAGCAGCGGGAGGCGGCGGCGGCCCGGGCAGCGGCGGCCCUGGCUCGGCUCGCGUCGUAGGGAAGAAGGCGCAGCUCCGCGCUGCGCCGCGCGCCAAGAAGCUGGAGAAGCUGGGCGUCUACUCCGCCUGCAAGGCUGAGGAAUCUUGUAAAUGUAAUGGCUGGAAAAACCCUAACCCACCUCCAACUCCACCCAGAGCAGAACUACAGCAGGCGGUUGUGAGUCUUAACGAACCAUGUCGUAGCUGUAAUCAUGCACUAGCUGCUCACGUUUCCCAUUUGGAGAAUGUAUCUGAAGACGAAAUGAACAGGCUCUUGGGGAUUGUGCUGGAUGUCGAGUAUCUCUUUGCCUGUGUUCACAAGGAAGAAGAUGCAGAUACCAAGCAAGUCUACUUUUACUUGUUCAAGCUUUUGAGGAAGUGUAUAUUACAGAUGGGAAAACCUGUUGUAGAAGGAUCUUUGGAGAGCCCCCCGUUUGAGAAACCUAGUAUUGAACAGGGAGUUAAUAAUUUUGUGCAAUACAAAUUUAGUCACUUACCGUCGAAAGAGAGGCAAACGAUAGUAGAGCUGGCUAAAAUGUUCCUGAAUCGCAUCAACUACUGGCACCUGGAGACACCUUCACAGCGAAGACAGAGGUCACCUAAUGACGACAUUGCCAGCUACAAAGUGAACUACACAAGGUGGUUGUGUUACUGCAACGUCCCCCAGUUUUGUGACAGUCUACCUCGAUACGAAACCACACAAGUUUUUGGGAGAACACUGCUGCGCUCUGUCUUUACCGUCAUGAGAAGGCAACUCCUAGAACACGCAAGACAGGAAAAGGACAAGCUUCCACCUGAGAAACGAACGCUAAUACUCACACAUUUCCCUAAGUUCCUGUCCAUGCUGGAGGAAGAGGUGUACAGUCAAAGUUCUCCUAUCUGGGAUCCAGAUUUCAUAGCAUCAUCUUCUCGAAGUGCCCAACUAGGCAUCCAGACAGUUAUCAGCCGCCCCCCUGUGGUAAGGUCUGUUCCUUACAGUGCAAGCCCCUCCUCUCUAGAGCAACCCAGUGGUGGAAGUAUGAGUCCUGCUUGCAAGGCUGCUUCUAGUCUGGACCCGAAUCUAGGGGAGAAGAGAAAAAGCAAUGAGCCUUAUUCCGUGGAGGAUGCUAAGAAGCCAAGAGUUGUAGGAGACAUUCCUAUUGAACUCAUCAACGAAGUGAUGUCAACCAUUACAGAUCCAGCUGCAAUGCUUGGUCCAGAGCAGACUAAUUUUCUAUCUGCACACUCAGCCCGGGAUGAAGCAGCGAGGAUGGAAGAGCGCAGGGGAGUGAUUGAAUUUCACGUAGUUGGAAAUUCCCUAAAUCAAAAGCCAAAUAAGAAAAUCAUGAUGUGGCUGGUUGGCUUACAGAAUGUAUUCUCACAUCAGCUACCCAGAAUGCCGAAAGAGUAUAUUACUCGUCUAGUCUUUGAUCCGAAACACAAGACCCUUGCAUUGAUCAAAGACGGCCGUGUGAUUGGCGGCAUCUGCUUUCGAAUGUUCCCGUCUCAAGGAUUUACAGAAAUAGUUUUCUGCGCUGUGACUUCUAACGAACAAGUCAAGGGAUAUGGAACUCACCUAAUGAAUCACCUGAAGGAGUACCACAUUAAGCACAAUAUUCUCAACUUCCUCACAUACGCAGAUGAAUAUGCAAUUGGCUACUUCAAGAAGCAAGGGUUUUCAAAAGAAAUAAAAGUACCAAAAGCAAAAUACGUUGGCUAUAUCAAGGAUUAUGAAGGAGCAACUUUAAUGGGAUGUGAACUAAACCCAAGGAUCCCUUACACUGAAUUCUCAGUCAUCAUUAAGAAGCAGAAAGAGAUUAUUAAAAAGUUGAUCGAAAGGAAGCAAGCUCAGAUUCGGAAAGUUUAUCCCGGCCUUUCUUGUUUCAAAGAUGGUGUACGGCAGAUUCCCAUAGAAAGCAUUCCCGGAAUUAGAGAUACUGGCUGGAAACCAAGCAGUAAAGAAAAAGGUAAAGAACCCAAAGAUCCAGAUCAGCUUUACAGCACACUAAAAAACAUUCUACAGCAGGUCAAGAGCCAUCAAAGCGCUUGGCCAUUCAUGGAACCAGUGAAGAGAACAGAAGCUCCUGGUUAUUAUGAAGUUAUAAGGUUCCCCAUGGAUCUGAAAACGAUGAGUGAGCGACUGAAGAACAGGUACUACGUGUCUAAGAAGUUAUUCAUGGCAGAUCUGCAGCGAGUCUUUACCAACUGCAGAGAGUACAACCCUCCUGAAAGUGAAUACUACAAGUGUGCCAAUAUAUUGGAGAAAUUCUUCUACACAAAAAUUAAAGAAGCUGGGUUAAUUGACAAGUAAUCAGUCCUUCUCUCAUGCAAUCAAGAUGCCUAAUUUAAGAGCAGAAUAUGCAGUUGAUCUUUGAAUAGAAUUGAAAUGUGUGUUUUAAAAAAACAUUUUAUUUACUAGCACUUUUAAAACAUGUAAUAUAGAAGAGUUUAUUUUAUUAAAGUUUUUAAAUGUACACUUGCAUGCCCUUUUGCAGUGUAUUCAAUAAUACAUUUUUAUUAGAAGUAUUGCACAAACUGUUUGGGGAUUUGAAAAGGGAAAUUUUUCCAAGCAGUGAAUGUUUAAGCUUAAUGUAAUGCAGUAUCAAAUUGUAAAAUAGCUUUUUAUUUUUUACAAAAGAUGCUAAUGAAGGGGGAAAUGAGUUUUAUAUAUAUUUUAAUGAAACACUCAACUAAGAAGGUGCUAUGAAAGAAAGAGAAAUCCUCUAAGAUACAAAAAACCCAGUAGGUUCAAACUUCCUCUGUGAAUUUGAUUCUUUAAUAUUAGAGUUUGCAAAGAAAAUCUAAAUAUGUAGCAUAAUCUGACUUUGACUGUGUUAGGUCACAUUUCCAAAAAAAACCUGUGGUAGUCACAAACCACUUUUUAAAACUUUUGUAGUGCCAGCAAAAGCUUAAUUCAGAUAAACGAUAACCAUUUCUACCUUUAUGCCCUAAUCCAGCAAAUGCUUUGUCUGCAUAAGUUUUUACAUACCUUUAUCCCUGAAAAGCCAUUCUUCCCUUAAAGUCACACUUGGUCCUGCAGUACUUGGGUGAAAAGAGAUAGUCUUGAUUUUCACACACAUAGGCUAACACUAGAUGUCACCAGUCACCAGAUGCACUGGCGGAGGAAGCGCCCUGCCCCCGGUGGUGCAAUCCCAGUGGGGU